CAUAUGUACACCGUCUGUAUUAACUGGGCGGCUGGAAGGGACGAGCUUUAUAUUUCAACGGCGUUACGAGACACUUAAACAGCGAGCCGUGAUAUUUAAUCAGCGGGCAGGGACUGCAAGUUGUGUUAUGAGAAUAGGGCCUGUCCUUCGAAAAUCGGGAUUGUUCUGCGAUGCCAAGGCAGUAGAUUAUUUGCUUACCCAUUGUAAAAUAAUGGGAAGACAUAUUUUCUCUAGGGCCUUUAUAUUUUCGACGUGCUGAAUGCUGAUGGAGUAAUUUUGCCCCCUGUCAAUGUUACAGGACGAUUAUUUUUUGGCGAUAUUUUGCUCAAGAAUCAUUGAAAAGCUUUAAAAAAAAAACAAAAAAAAAACCCAGAAAGAGAAUUCAUUUUGAGGAUACUCGUGGCUACAAUUGCCCAACAUAUACACAAAAAAAGAGCAGAAGGCGUUGAACUUGUAUGUUACCAUUGACUGGAACAUCGUGAAUAAUGGCAUUUUCAAACUACAGCAGUCUGAACCGCGCACAAUUGACUUUCGAAUAUCUACAUACUAACUCCACUACACACGAGUUCUUGUUUGGUGCUUUGGCUGAGCUAGUAGAUAAUGCAAGGGAUGCUGAUGCCACAAGAAUCGAUAUUUUUACUGUAAAAAGAGAAGAACUUAGAGGUGGCUUCAUGCUUUGCUUUCUUGACGAUGGAGCAGGAAUGGAUCCCAGUGAAGCAGCCGGUGUUAUUCAGUUUGGUCGAUCUGCUAAAAGGACUCCUGAAUCUAUCCAAAUUGGUCAAUAUGGAAAUGGUUUAAAGUCGGGUUCUAUGAGAAUUGGAAAAGAUUUCAUCCUUUUCACCAAGAAGGGAGAUACAAUGACUUGCCUUUUUCUGUCUCGCACCUUUCAUGAGGAGGAAGGCAUUGAUGAGGUUAUUGUUCCUCUUCCAACUUGGAAUACGAAAACUGGUGAACCUAUAACAGACAACAUGGAGAAGUUUGCAAUUGAAACUGAACUCAUCUAUAAGUAUUCUCCAUUUCAUUCCCAAAUGGAGCUCAUGAAACAAUUUAAAAAAAUCACUGAAGACACAGGGACCCUGGUUGUAGUUUUCAACUUGAAGCUGAUGGACUCUGGUGAACCAGAGCUGGAUGUGCUUACUGAUCCUAAAGAUAUUCAGAUGGCAGGGACUCCGCCAGAGGGAACAAAACCUGAACGACGAUCGUUUCGAGCAUAUGCUGCUGUUCUGUAUAUUGAUCCAAGAAUGAGAAUCUUCCUUCAUGGACACAAGGUGCAAACAAAACGACUGUCUUGUUGCCUUCACAAACCCAGAAUGUAUAAAUACACAUCAAAUCGGUUUAAAACACGAGCUGAGCAGGAGGUGAAGAAAGCAGAGCACAUGGCUAAAAUUGCGGAGGAGAAGGCACGGGAAGCCGAAAGCAAAGCACGAGCAGUGGAGAUGCAGCUUGGGAAUGACCUAGCUCGGGAAAGCAGGGCUGCUCUCCGACAAGUACAAAACACAGCAAUGACUUUUCGUAGAGAAGCAGAUGUAAAGAAACGCAUUAAGGAAGCCAAACAAAGAGCCCUCAAAGAGCCAAAAGAGUUAAAUUUUAUCUUUGGUGUGAAUAUCGAGCAAAGAGAACUUGAUGGAAUGUUUGUGUAUAACUGCAGUCGGUUGAUCAAAAUGUACGAAAAGGUUGGCCCUCAACUGGAAGGAGGAAUGGCCUGUGGAGGAGUAGUAGGUGUAGUGGACAUUCCAUACCUUGUCCUUGAACCCACACAUAACAAGCAAGACUUUGCUGAUGCUAAAGAAUACAGGCAUUUACUGAAAGCUAUGGGCGAGCAUUUGGCACAAUACUGGAAGGAUGUAGGUAUAGCACAGAAAGGUAUUAUAAAAUUCUGGGAUGAAUUUGGCUACAUAUCGGCAAACUGGAACCAACCUCCUUCUUGCGAAUUAAGAUAUAAACGCAGACGUGCAAUGGAGAUACCCACUACUAUACAGUGUGAUCUGUGUUUAAAGUGGAGAACGCUUCCAUUCCAGCUGAGUUCUGUAGAGAAGGAGUAUCCUGACACAUGGGUGUGUGCCAUGAACCCUGAUCCUGAGCAAGACAGUUGUGAAGCUACAGAACAGAAGCAGAAGUUACCUGUCGGACUGCUGAAAAAAGAUAUCCUGUCACAAGAAGAGAAAAAAAGACAGCUGACAGAAAAAAUCCGACAGCAGCAAGAAAAGUUGGAAGCCCUGCAGAAAGUGACUCCUGUGCGUUCCAUCGCAGACAUUAAAAGGCUUCCAUUAGACGUUAGCACCCGUCCAGAAGAGGCCUCAUUGUCCACAAGCCGCCCUCGGCCACGGUCACCACCCUUGCCUGCAGUGCUGAAAGAUAUUGUUCCACCUGUUUCACGCAGUAGCAGUGCGGCCAAGAAGCCUGAAGCUGUGCGAGCCACUUCAGUUAACUCUGAAGCAGCCACCACAUCCAAAGCCAGUAGCCAAAUUGUUACUCCUGUCAGAACAAAUAACACUCAAAAGAUUCUCCGUAAAACAGUUUCAGCUCUGAGAUCCUCAAUGCCUUUUCCGCUGCCUUCUACACCCCAACCAGCUCGACCUUCUAGACCCACUCCAACUCCAUCACCCAGUUUGAAAAAUGUGAAAAAUUUGACUGGGAAGAAACUAAUUCCAAGCAAGACUCCUCCUGUGAGCAAUGUCAGAAAACGAAGUUCCCAACAAUUUGUUUCUGAGGACAUUAAGAUAGUGGCAUCUAAGCCUGAGAAUGUAAAGCGUUCUAGACUGGUGGAAGUGAAACAGGAAAAGAGAGAUUCAAAUGAAGUAGAAGUAGAGAAGACUUCCUGCACACACUCUGACUCAGAUGUAUCUUUGCAGUUGACCGCAAGUCCAGGGGAGGAGGAAAUUCUUGCAGCAUCCCAGAAAGAUAAAGGUUUGAACGUUGAAGUGCGAGUGAACAAGGAAUGGUUUACAGGGCGCGUCACUGCUGUAGAAGUAGGGAAACAGGGAGUUCGCUGGAAAGUAAAGUUUGAUUAUGUACCAACAGACACCACGCCACGGGAUCGGUGGGUGGAAAAAGGUUGUGAAGAUGUAAGACUUAUGCGGCCACCCUCACCAGAACACCAAGCACCUGACACACAGCAGGCAGAGCCAUCCACUUCAGACAACACCAGAAUAGAGCCAGAUACUACAGAGCUUAGUACAAGCCCUGCACCCUUAGAACAGCUUGUACAAACCCUCCGAAACUGCCUGAGAUAUUUCUGGCCACCAAACUUUUCAAUCUCCAAGAAUGAACUGAGUACCAUGAGUGCUGAAGACCUCAUAGCAUUUCCACUGAAAGAUUAUUUCAAACAAUAUGAGGUAGGGCUGCAGAAUCUGUGCAAUUCCUACCAGAGUCGAGCUGAUAGUCGGGCAAAGGCUUCAGAAGAAAACCUACGAAACACAGAAAAAAAGCUGCAAGAAGCAGAAGAGAAGCUGCAGAAACUGAGAACAAAUAUCAUAUCAUUAUUGCAGAAAGUACAGGAGGAUAUUGAUAUAAAUACAGACGAUGAGCUAGAUGCAUAUAUAGAAGAUUUAAUCUCAAGAGGAGACUGAAAGGAUAAUGUUGGAAACAUUAAGUCUCAUGUUCUGGCUAUAAAUGAACAUUGCGAGAAGCUGACGCUCCCACAAGCCACAACACUUUAUGGGAUGUACUGAAAUCACGUGGAAGAAACACAGUAGGAUGUCAGUGUUUUGAUGUAAGAUGUUUGUGUUUUUUUUACAUACCUGGCAUGUGCUGUUCCAAGUUUUAAACAUCGUAGUUAUUGAACUCAUUUCUUUGUUUAUAAAUAUUUAUUUUUUAAAGGAAAGUAAACAAUUUCUGUGUUGGUUUA